UAAAGCAGAUUUUAGCGUACAUGAAAGCAACAAAAGCUAACCCUGGCAUGGAUGCUACUCAGCUGAUCAGUGACUCAAUCUUGGAGUCAGAUGAGGAGGAAAAUGUGAAGGAGAAUGAAAAUAACAGGGGGAGACCAUUGGCCAAACUAUGUAUCUUGGAAAACGAACAUAUCUCUGAGACAGAAUUGCCCCUCUUUUUUGGAGAUAAUGUGCUGGGCCGUGACCCCAACUCCUGUGCCUUGCCCUUGCCAGCACCAUCAGUAUCCAAGCAGCAUGCUACCAUCAGCAUCUCUGUUUACAGGAGAAGAGGUUGUCACAGUGAAGUGGACAUUGAGGCCUUGGUUUGGGACCUAGGGAGCAUGAAUGGGACCCGCAAAGGCCACUUAAAGCUGACUCCAAAUGUACGCUAUGCCCUCAGUGAUGGUGACCAUUUGGUAUUGGCAGACAUACCAUGUCAAUAUGUCAGCUGUGCUGUAAACACAGCCUCUUCUCAAAGGGACAUGAGGACUCCUGUGACCAGAAAUACGAAGAUAAAGGCCAGGUUGCCAGAUGACUUGAGCGAAAAGAUGACCCUGGUCCCAGACACUGACUCAGAUGAAGAAAGAGAAGGAGGAGAACACAAGGCAACAGACUACUUCAGUUCCACAAAUGUAAUCAUCCCUGAAAGUCCCAUCAUACCAUUGUCCUCCACUAAGAAUACACGUGCACUUGUGGAUGACAGUGAAGAGCAAGAAGAAAUGGAGGACUUAAAACUACCACCAGGAGGGAUAAAAUCUGAUAAAAUUGGACAAUAUUUGCCAGUGAAACAGGAAAGCAAUCUCACUCUUACACGAGAAGAUGAAAUGCAUGUGUCUACUCCAGCACCAGCAGUCUCCACAGAUGUGAUCCAUGCACUUAACAUGGACAGUGACACUGAUGUGGAGGAGGAGAAAAUGGUGGCAUCUGUAUGUCCUUUGACUAUGAAUACAAACCAAGUCAGUCAACCAGGAAACACAGACCAGUUUCACAUGGACAGUGAUACAGAUAUUGAUGAGAAUGAAGGUGCCCUAGACAAGGCUUCUAAAACUGUGCCUUCCACUGAUGACAGUACCAGAUCUCCUCAUAUUAUGUCAGUUAUUCAGCAUGAAGGUAUCACAAUGGACAGUGACACAGAGGUGGCUGACAAUGCUGCUGUGUCACACGCUGCUGCAAAUGCAAAACCUGCAUUAUUUCAGAGCUCGCACACUACUGACUUUGCUCUUUCAACACAGCCAAAGGAUUUCUGCCUAGACAGUGACACUGAUGUUGAUGAGGAAAAAGAAAGAGAACAUGGGCCAAAUAAAUCAAGCUCUAAGACAGAUUCAUCUCCCACUAAAUUAGAUAUGUCACCUGGGCCCAAAUCUGCCCCCGCUGCUCACCAGAGCCUGCACUUUGACAAUGAUACAAACAAUGAAGCAGUUCCUGCCCUAAGUGAACCCUCAGUUGUGUCUGCCACCACAGAAACAUUUACGACUGUAGUUGCAGAAACUGAUUUGGAUAUUCUGUCUAACAGUGAUACAGAUGUGGAGGACAAUUGUCCUCUGGUUAUGCCUGUUGAUGUCACAACCUUGUCACUGUCUCCUGGUACCACAUCAGCAGCUCCUCACUCUGUUUUUGGUGCAGACACAGAUGUGGAUAAAUCCAGCAUGCCCCCUGCUGGGGACAAGGACAGUCUAGCUGACCUUAAAGUGGACAGUGAUACAGAUGUGGAGAAUAAGGAGGCAGACAUACCAGCGACAGGUUGCGACCAGAUCCAUAUCCUGUGCAGAGAAGAAACAUCUGGGGUGCUGCUUCCUCUCUUUCCUUCUAACUGCUCUACUCCUGUACAAAUGUCAGGGAUUUCUUCACAAAGAGGACUAGAAGAUAUGAAGACUCAAGCAUUCCCAGUGAAAUCCUCUGCUGUAAGACCUAUAGCACUUUCUUCUUGCUCAGACAGUGAAGAGGAUGAGGACUUUGCUGUGGCUGAGACACAGUCCUUCAUUUUUCAGACCAGAGACAGCCAUGGCAGUCCUCCACCAGACCACACAAUGGAACCCACCCAAGCCUUUGUUCUUGAACAUUCAGGUGAUGAAAAAGAUGAACAGUGCAAGAGAACAGGGUCUUUCCAGCUGGCACCGUCUAACAGCAGCUACCUGCAGAGUCAGGCCCAGGCUCUGGCUACUGAGAGCACACAGGUGUUUGUCUCUGAUAAUAAGGGUAUGAAUCUGGAAGAUACCCAAGCAUAUGCAGCCAUCUCAACAGCAGACAGAGCCUCUGAGGAGAACGCUACAAAUAUUAAUGCUACACAGAUCUAUGGAGAGUGUGAGAAGCCUGUCAGAUGUUCAGAAAUGUCAGAAAAAGAAGGUCAGGAAGAUAUGUCCCUAGACGCAACACAGGCAUACAUUUUAGAGUCCUGCAGUGAGUCAGCGGGCACAACAGAUGAAGAUGAGAGAAAAAACACCAAUGUUGAGACACAGCCUUUAGACCUGCCCACCUCAUCUACUCUUGGUAUAACUGAAACCCAACCAACAUCUGCCUUUGAAGAAGAAAGUUUGGCAGCAGACAAAUUUGUUUCCUCUGUACUACAAGUGAAGCACAGAACACAGAAUGAAAUGGAAGAGAGGGAAAAAUCUAGGGAAGCAGCUCAACCUCAGCAGAAAACCUUUAGUGAAGCUCUCUCUUUAGUUGAAAUUCAGCCCAUGCAUACUUGUGAUGACGAGGACUCAAUUUCAGGUCCACGAAAAACAAAAGCAAAGUCACUGCAGCUUGAAGAGGAGAAGACACAGUCCUUCACUAAUUCUGUGUUAUUGGUUGAAAAAAUUCAGCCCAUGCAGUUUGGUCUUGCUGAAACUCAGCCCAUGGCUACAAGUGGAAAUGAGGAAAGUGAUGUUGAGGACUUGGUUCCAGGUUUGGAAAAAAGAAAAGGAAAGCAACUACGAUGCAAAGAAGAGAAGACACACGCUCUUACAAACUCUGACGUCUCUGCUGUUGAAACUCACCCAAUGGAUGUAGGUGGAGUUGGAGAUAGUGAUGAAGAAGACUCGUUUCCAGUUUGUCAAAGAAAAAGAAAAGCAAAACCACUGCAACUUGAAGAGGCGGUGCAGCCCCUCACUAGUUCUGCAUUAUCAACUGUUGAAACCCAGCCCAUGCAGUUUGGUCUUGCUGAAACUCAGCCCAUGGCUACAAGUGGAAAUGAGGAAAGUGAUGUUGAGGACUUGGUUCCAGGUUUGGAACAAAGAAAAGGAAAGGGACUACAAAGUGAAGAAGAGAAGACACAAGCUCUUACAAACUCUGACCUCUCUAUUAUUGAAACUCAGCCAGUGGUUGCAAGUGGAGUUGAAGACGGUGAUAAAGAAGACUCAUUUCCAGUUUCUCGAAGAAAAAGAAAAGCAAAACCACUGCAACUUGAAGAGGAGACACAGCCCUCCAGCAAUUCUGAAGUCUUUGCUUCUGAAACUCAGCCCAUGGGUGCAUGUGAAGAUGAUCAAAGUGAUGAAGGGGCCUUGAUUUCAGGUGCACGAAAAAGGAAAGCAAAACUUCUUCACCUUGAAAAAGAGGAGAUGCAGCCACUCACAAAUUCUGCAGUCUCUACUGUUGAAGCUCAGUCUUUGGAAACAAAAGCUGCUGAACGGCCUAAAAGAGGAAGGGGGAGACAGUCUGAAGCUGGAACCAGUGGACUCUCUCUUAGAAAUAAAAGCGGGACAAGGGGAAGAUUAAGUAGAUUGGGAGAUGUGAAAGAUGUUGCAAACCUCAGACAACAGAGAGACAAAAUGGAGAAGAAAAAUAGGGAGAUCAACGAAAGAGAAAAGGAACAGGAGGAGAUGGAGAGGCAGCAGAGAAGGGAAGAACAAGAAAUAGUAGAAAGGGAAAUAAAAGAGAAGGAAGAACAAGAAAGACUGCAGGCUGAACAUGCGGAGAGGACAAAACCUGAACAGGCAAGGGUAGAGAAAGAGAGGAAGAAGCAAAAUGAAAGAUUGGAUCAGAAGGAAAAAGAAGAACAAUUUAAGAGGGUUAGAAAAGAGACUGAAGAAAAAGAAAGAUUAGAGCAUGAAAAGGCAGAAAGAGAAGAGAAGGAGAAAUUGAGAGAGGAGAAGGAAAGAAAGGAACAGGAAGAAAGACUGGAGACUGAAAAGAGGGAAUUAGAAGAACUUCAGAGGGAAAGAAAGGAACAAGAACGCCAAGCAAAACAGAGGGAAGUAACUGAAAGGGAAAAAAGAGAACAACUGGAGAAAGAAAAAGAUGACAAAGAAAAACAAAUCAAAGAGCUACAAGAAAACAAAGUGCCUACAAGAGGUCAAAGAGCAACCAGAAGAACAAUUGCCACAGAAGCACAACAAGACUCAGCCAUAUUAACCAGUGAUGAUGUCCCAGCAAGGAGAACCAGAUCUCGCUCCAGCUCUGUUAGCUCUGAGCGAUCUGCUUCAAGCAUCACCACCCUGGAGAGUAGGGGAAGAGGUCGAGGCAGAGGAGUAAGGACCAGUGAGCUGCCCCAGGCAGCCACCACCAGGAGCCGCAAUAGGAGGAGCACUGUAGCAAUGCCAACAGAACAGAACAGUAAUGAUAUUUCUCCACAAGGAGUCCUUUCAAGGUCUACCUCCUCCAGUUCUCUCAACUCUGAGAUUUCCAACUGCAGUGUGAGCUCUCAAAGCAAAGGAAGAAGGAGGAAAACAGAGCCCAAACCAGACAGCAGUGUCAAUAGUCACAGGGACCAGACUUCAGCUCCCAAACCUGCAGCCAGAGGUCAGAAGAGUAGGAACACUUCUAAUGAGGUUUCUCACAGAGACGAUAAAGACAAGGCAGAUUCUCAGCAGGCGAGUUCCACAAGGGGGCGAGGGCGAGCUGGUACAGAUGGCUCUGAACCUACAGCUACAGAGGAAGAACAGUUAAAUCAGAAAAAAGUUCAUACUAAUGAGGAAUCACAUCUGGCUAAAGGGAAAGUCGGGCGCAGAGGCCAGAAAGCAGCAAAGAGUGAAACUGCCGAGACAACAGGAGCUUCUGCAGUCAGUGAUAACGAUGAAACUAAAGACAAAAGAAAAGGAAGAAGGAGAGAGUUGCCACAAAAUACUGAGGCAGACCUGAGCUGUAGCUCCAAAGGGAAAGUGAAAAUCCUAACAACAAAAGCAGCAGAGGAAGAAGGUAAAGAGGAAACAAGAGAUGAGAAUCCCAUCCAAGCUAACAGAAGAGGUAGAGCAUCCAGUGCUCAAACAAAGAAGAAUGCACAAAACUCUCCCCCUGAAGUAGAGGUGAAGGACAAAAGUGAGAAAAUGGAGGUGGAGACUGUUGAGAAGAGAACCAGAGGUCGGCCAUCCGCUGCCCAGCAAAAGAAGAAAGAUGAGCAAGAAGACAGUGGAACAUCUGUCAGAUCCAUUAACCGGAAUGCAGAAGUGAGCACAUCAGAGCCCCGGACUCCAGCUAAGGGUGUAUCCCAGAAGCGACAGGCUCCUGCGGACUCCUCUCCUGUGGCAAAGACUCGUCGCUGCUCCUCUGCCUCCCCUGCAGCUAGUUGUCAACUGCGAACUGCCAGCCAGGCUUACAAGGUCCUGUUCACAGGUGUGGCGGAUGAAACACUGGAGAGAGUGUUGGCUCGUUUAGGUGGCAGCAUGGCUAAAGGUGUGACAGACAUGAACUGUUUGGUGACUGAUAAAGUGCGCAGGACUGUCAAGUUACUGUGUGCGGUGGCUAAAGGAGUCCCCAUAGUCACCACAGACUGGCUGGAAAAGAGUGGUAAAGCUGGGAGCUUCCUGUCUCCCAAUGCUUUUGUUGUGAAGGAUUCAGAGCAGGAAAAGAAGUUCAGUUUCUGCCUACAGGAGUCUCUGGGGACUGCCAGCAGUCAGCCUCUCUUACAGGGAUAUAAGAUCCACGUUACAAAAUCAGUAAAGCCAGAGCCAGUUCACAUGAAAGAAAUAAUCUCCUGCAGUGGAGCUACCUUUCUACCUAAGAUGCCCUCAUCUCACAAGCCCCAUACAGUUGUGAUUUCCUGCGAAGAGGACUGGCCGCUGUGUCGCCCAGCCGUCUCUGCAUCUCUCCCAGUUGUCACUGCUGAGUUCAUUCUCACAGGGAUCCUUCAGCAGAAACUUGACUUUCAAACUCACAGUCUUGCCCCCAACGGCAACUAACCUACAGCCUGCUGGAAGCAAAGUAAGGGGCAGAAAGAAGAUAUGGCAUCAACAGGGUACACUAACUAUACACACAAGGAUGCACCUACAGAUGUGUGGAGAAUCUGUGCUAGUGUGUAGGCAGUUAUCAGCUGUAGAAACAUUUUUAAAUCAAAGGCCGAUAUAAACACUAGUUAGAUGUUUGUAAGUGCUUCAACUCAGCCAGCAAAUUUGGCAGGUAACCAUCCAUGAAAAGACGUUUGUAUAAAUCAUAUUUGGGUGGUGGAAUAUUGGAACCAAAUCCAUCAGCUACGAUGUCCAGUAGAUGGAAAAAAAAUCAUUUUCCUGUGUUGAUAAAACCAUGCAUAGUGCCUUUUAUACUGAAGUAAUCAUGAACCUACCAGUGUGUUAGUUGUUCUUCUGUCUUCAUUAGCCUAAACCACCUACUCCAUUAAGGCUUCAUGCAACCCUAUUACCUCCAGGGGAUGAGAAUGAUAUGGGCACCUGAAUGCAAAUGCAGUUCCGACAUCAAUAUCUUAUGACAUAUGUCCUUGCUAUACUUUUAUCUGCUGUCUACUUUUUGCACACAGCCUCCGAUGUAUGUUAUCAUUAUAUAUUAAAAAAAACACCACUGAACAGAAGUAACAUUUGGUAUUUCUUCAUGCUGCGUCGUUGGCAUUUUAAAGACAGAUUUAUUAGCUUGUAAUUUUAGAACCAUUAACUAGCUUAAUAUCAAGUUUGUAUUUGCACCAAAUCAUGGCAUCUGUCUGUAUUAUCAAGAAAACUAUUAAAUAUCAUCUGUUUGCUUUAACUAUAUGUGUAUUUCCUUUUGCAGCAGUAUAGUUUAGUAUGUCACUACAUACUACCGGUAACUGUAUUGUUUAGGAUUUAAUGAGAUGUUCUACUUAUGAUUCCUAAUUGUUCAUUUGCUUAUGUGGAGAAAUAACUAAUUUCAGUGUAAAAAUAAGCAUAAAGCAAAUGUAAAAAGACAAAAUGUGAACAGGAGGCCCACUUACAUGGUUUUCUCUAAGCAUUCAGUUAUAUCCCAUGACCUGAAGGCCACAAGAUUUGGCUGAGCAUUGCUAGGCACCAAAUAAAUUAACCCU